CCACCUUUUCUCCUUUUAGUCCAGGUCCAGCCGACUUGGGUGAGGAAGCCGGGGCGAGAUUUUAGUCGGGUGGGCGCUCCGGCUGGCACCCAUGUAGCCAAAGUCAAGUGGGUCUUCUCGCUUCCCAGUUAAAUAUCCUAGCCAACCUACACCGCUUCCUCGCCAUGUCGCCUUUCGGUUUGUUGUCAAAGUGACACAAGGAAAUGGACGCGGCGGUGUAAAGAGAGGGUCGCCUGCGUGUUUCAGCAGCGCCGGAGCGGAGUGUUUUGUUAUUCUGACAUGUCUGGUCAGGGGAAUUAUUGGCCCCGGCUGUGCGUCCCCCUCUCCGGCCGUGCGUGUUGUUGCGCGUUAGCUUCACGGAGAAGCCAUUGCACGGAUUGCUCUCCUCUCCCCAACCAGCCUCCAUUAGCGACACAGAGGAGCUGGCAUAGCCGCUGGUCCAGUCACACACACGCACGCACACACACACACUCUCACACACACUAUGAAAGCCAUGUCCAGUGUGAGGAAGCUAUAUGUGCUCUCUCCCCCCCCCCCCUCCCCUGCUCCUCUCAAUUUAGAAAAAAAGAAAAGAGAAACCUUAUCUGGUGGCGAUUUUGAGUCGGGUCUCCACAGGGUUGGAGCUUGAUGGUGGUUGAAAUGGUGGCUUUAUAUAUUUUGAUUCUGAUGUUUUGUUUUUGCUCUCAUUGCUACACUGUUACCCGCUUGUCCCCUGCACUGUUUGGAUGCCUAUUUGCUGUCACUGGUCUCAAGUCAGGUAUGUCAUGCUAGUGGGGCUUCAACCAUAAAAUGGAGGAAAGCAGAUGAGUCUCCAAGGAGAGCCCUGGAGUCAGACAGGCAGGAUCCCUCACGCCAGAACAAAGGUUGUGUUCAUAAAUGACAUGGCCACAGCCUCUCCUCCUCCUCCUCCUUCUCCUCCUUCCUCUUCUUCUUCUUUUUCUGCUUUUUUCUGCUCGGAAGUUGAGUCUGCUACAGGAAGCAGAAGACUUCUGAUAAGUGAGGUUAGAUCCUUUAGUGGAGCUCUCAAGGUUAACUUCAGGAACUUGCUGCUUUUUCUAAAUUUGUGCAUGAUUUAACACAAUGUGAACUGUAAAUAUGUGGGAUUUCUUUUGGGUUUGUUGCUGUUGUAGGAUCUGCAGAUGGCACUUUUGGACUAUGUGUGUGUGAUUGUGAUGGAUGAGGGACACGUGGAUGGGAUGGGAAUUUAAAUGCUGAAUAAUGCAGUGUUUUGGCCAUGCAGGUAGUUAAUGUUCAACAAAGUAGUCUCGACCCUCUCUCUGUCUUCUCUGUGUGUGUGUGAGAGAGUGAAGUAAUCGCUGCAGAUAGUUUCUUAAAGGAAGUUCUCAAGAUGAUUCUCGUUUCUGUUUUUUGGAUGAGUUUUUGGGGAAAUUAGAGUUCAGCGGCUGUUAUCUACACAAGUUAAGUGUUUAUAGUCUUACUCAUGAUUUGUAGACUAAUUAUUCACACAGGAGCUGGAGGACUCUGCUGUUUGUUGGGAUGUUAUUGUGAGCUUGUACCGAUUUGUUUGCUUGCUUCAGGUAUAUUGAGAUACUUUAAAAGCUAUUUUCGGACAAAUACAUUUUGAUAUUUCAAUACGGUAACAUGCCCUAUGUUUUUAACGCAGCCUAUGUCCACUGUACAGCCUGAGGUGACUUUUCACAUAUUAUGUCCUAAAGGUGUCUGUUGACCAGCCUGUCAGGAGAGUGAAGGAGGUGUGUUUGCAAGAUGUAGUGUGUUCCUGUGGCAGUUACUGUGUGUGUGUGUGUGUGUGUGUGUGCGCGCGCGUGUGUGCGCGUGUGUGUGUGUGGCUGUGCUACGCUCUGCAGUUCCCCCGGCCACUGUGUGAAAUCUUGCUGACAAGGAGACUGUGAGCUUGACACAGUGUGCUGCGACAAUGCUGGGGCUGAGAAGAGCAAUCAAAAUGGUGGCGAUGCUCCUUCUCCCUGGCGUGGCAGGGCAAACAGGUUCUCAAGGAGGAGCCGAUAGAGGACGGGCGGGCAGGACCUGCUGCGGUCGACACUUUUGUCACACAGACGGGUGCAAUGGAUACAGUCUGGUGGACGGUGGAUGUUUCUGUAAAUGAGCCGAGUGAUUAAACUCUGGAUGCGGUCGUGAUGUUUCUUUCCACACAGAUUGUCUCGGGGAUACUGACACGGUUUCCCUGAUUUUCCAGGGAGUUCUCCCUUUUUUCAGUGAUGGAGGUAUUGCAGUGUGACGGCUGUGACUUCCGUGCCGAGUCAUAUGAUGACUUGAAGACCCACAUUCAGGAAGUGCACACGGUUUUCCUGCAGCCUGCAGAUGCAGAUGAGUCUGACUCUCUGAAAGAUGAGGACGAAGAUGAGGAGGAAGCAGUGGAAUACGAUGACACGGAUGACCGGGAUUAUUCAACUCCUAAAGCUGGAAUAAGCCCCAAUACUACUGACAAUUCCAAGCAAACACCACAAAAGCAGACAGCUGAAAGCCUCCUGCCGUUUUACCAGUGCAAGUUCUGUGUCCGUUACUUCAGAUCGAAGUCAUUCUUAAGAAACCACACCAAAAAAGUGCAUAAUGCUGAAGAGGAAGAUUCUGAUGCAAGUAUCUCCUCACAGAGCGCCGAGCAGCCCAGCUACACCAUUAUUAUGCAUAGUGACAAUUCAAAAGUGUAUUCCUGUCAGUAUUGCACGUAUAAGUCUCCACGCAAAGCAAGAAUAUUGAAACACCUACUAAUGUAUCACAGUAAGGUUCCCGCAGAGAGCGCUGGAGAUCCUUCAGAAUACGAUGAGACCAGAGAGGAAUCGGACUCAGCCGGUGGACUCAUGAAGGGAACAUUUGCCUGUGAAUGGUGUGACUAUCAGACUGACCAGAAGGACAGCUGGACUAAUCACGUAGUGAAGGAACACAGUGACAAGGUCAAGAUAGUUUCCUGCAUUGAGGAGCUGGAAGGAGAGGCAAGUGCAAGCUCACCCAAACCAGAUUCUCCCUCCUCUUCCCGAAGCCAGAAUAGAUCAAAGAUGGGUUUCACUGAGGUUCAAGGAAAGGAAGAGCCAGAAGGAAAAACAGUAGAAAACACGUCCGAGGAGUCAGUCCCAGACAUGACGUCCUUUCAGUAUGCAGUAACACCCAACAGCACAGGUUCCUCCAUUUUGUCCAAGAGGUUUGCGUCAUCUGACGUCUCCAAAAGUGUCGUAGAGGCGGAUGCCAACUUACUCAAUGAAGAAGACUCUAAGAGCAGCUUAGAGAAUGAUGAUGAAGAAGACUUGGGCGAUAUAGAUGAUCCCAGCUAUACUGGGACCCUGUCAGCAGAUGCAAAGCAGCUUUUAACUGAUGAGGACAAUAAAUUACUGGAGACUAAAGGAAUACCAUUUAGAAAGUACAUGAACCGUUUUCAGUGCCCUUUCUGUUGCUUCCUCACCAUGCAUAGGCGAAGCAUCUCCCGGCACAUUGAAAACAUUCACCUUUCUGGUAAAACUACAGUGUAUAAAUGUGAUGAAUGCCCGUUUAUUUGCACCAGCCCUCUUAAACUAGGCACGCACAAACAGAGCCACAUAUCUUCAGAUUUAGACACCAUGGACCUAACAAGUGAUAGUCUAGACUCUCACAAUGACAAUGCUGCAGAGCCAGUUAAUGUAAGUUCCAAAGUCAAUGGAAAAAAGAUAACCAGCACACCGAACGACCAGCAAAACCCUCAUCGCUGCACACUUUGCAGCUUCUCUACCACCACUCUGAAAGGUCUGAGGGUUCACCAGCAGCAUAAGCAUUCCUACUGUGAUGACCUAGAUCCCACUGUCUUUGAAAGCCAGCAGACUGACCAGCAGGACUCUGAAGCGGACGCUUCUCCAAUCUUUCUACAAAAAACCCAGACCUCGAUUUUAGGACUUGCCACCAAAAAGCCCUUAGUAACAGGGAAAAGAGCCAGGAAGUCCAUUAAUGACUUGCCUUUGGAUUUGUCCUCGGUUAAGAAGAGAACUAGAAUUGAUGAAAUUGCCAGUAACCUUCAAAGUAAGAUAAGCCAAAGCCAACAGGACAUGAUCAUAAACCUAGAUGACAUGGAUGAUGUAGAUGCAGGAGAAAAUCACACUAGUGCUGAUAAAGAGGGUAGAAACCAUGACAAUAAAAACCCUGUCUUCACUUAUAACACACAACAGCUUCAUGCAAGUGAUUCGAUGAUCUCUAACAAGGAAGGCCGAAUAGGGAAAAGAAAAAGCAACCCUAAGUCAAAACCUAGAAACAUUCCUAUAUCAAUGACUCUCUCAGAUGAUAGCGAAAACAUCUCUGCUGACCCCAGUGACGGUGCUAUCCAAGAGAAUGCUGAUUAUUCAGAGGAUCCAGGAACUACACGAUUCUACUGCAAACACUGUGAUUACCACAACAAAUCAGCUCGUAGCGUCAGCACCCAUUACCAGAGGAUGCACCCUUACAUCAAGUUCAGCUUUAAGUACAUCCUGGACUCCGAGGACCAGAGUGCGGUCUUCCGCUGCUUAGAGUGUUACAUUGAAUACACAAAUUACAAUGAUUUGCAUCAACACUACAUGGAUCACCACCCUGAAGCAAGCAAUGUGCUCAACUUCAACCAACCAGAUCUGGUGUACAUGUGCCGCUUUUGUUCAUACACAAGCCCCAAUGUCAGGAGCCUAAUGCCCCACUACCAAAGAAUGCACCCAACAGUGAAAAUCAACAAUGCAAUGAUCUUCUCCAGCUAUGUAGUGGAGCAGUCUCACAAAACGGGUGAAUCGCAAACCCUGAGGGAAAUAUUAAACUCUGGCCCCAAGAAUUUGAACUCAGCCACGUCAACCCCAAGGUCCUCCUCCAGCCCAGUGCCGAAAACGGUCUCCAAGACCCCUGAAGCCAGUGCUGAGGCAGACCCUCUCAAAGAACCUAUGGGUAGCAAUGUUGUUGUGUAUGAUUGUGAUGUGUGUUCUUUUGCUAGCCCCAACAUGCACUCUGUGUUGGUCCACUAUCAGAAGAAACAUCCAGAGCAAAAGGCAUCUUAUUUCCGUAUACAGAAAACCAUGAAGGUCAUCUCAGUGGAUCAAUCGCAGCCUGUUGCAAACUCUUCGUAUAAUCUCAACAUGGCUACGCCUCCAAAACAACCAAGCGCAGCACUGUAUGGAUCAGAUGAAGAAAUGUACUACUGUAAACAUUGCGUGUACAGCAACAGAUCUGUUGUUGGUGUGUUAGUCCAUUAUCAAAAGAGACACCCGGAAGUAAAAGUGACGGCAAAAUAUAUCAAACAUGGCGCUCCCACUCCCGGUUUGAUGAAAUUAAUGGAUGAAUUGCAAAUUGCGGCUCCCAAACAGUUUUUGAAGCAGUUUCAAAAUAACGGUCACGAUGGAUCUAACAACACGAGCCCUAAACCUGGAGGUGGCGAUAAAGGAGAGGAUGAGCUGUUUUUUUGUCAGCACUGUGAUUAUGGCAAUCGCACUGUAAAAGGAGUGCUUAUUCAUUACCAGAAGAAGCACAAGGAAACCAAGGCCAACGCUGACCUUGUACGUCGUCACACUGCAGUUGUCCGGAGUCAGCGCGAGCGUGCACAGAUGGUUCAGUCGAGCAGUGUCUCUUCUGCCUUGAUCCCAGCUCCUCCAGACCCUGAAAACACUACACCUUUGCGCUCACUGAAGUGCAGACACUGUUCAUAUAUAUCCCCCUACGUCUAUGCCCUAAAGAAGCAUCUGAAGAAAGAGCACCCCACUGUGAAAGCCACAGCCAUGACCAUUUUACACUGGGCCUACCAAGAUGGCAUUCUGGAGGCUGGCUACCACUGUGAGUGGUGUAUUUACUCCCACGCUGAACCCCAAGGCCUGCUGCUCCAUUACCAAAGACGUCACCCUGAACACAAUGUUGAUUACACAUACAUGGCCAGCAAGCUAUGGGCUGGACCGGAGACUACUCAACAAGGGGGCAAUAUGGAAACUAAACAUUACAAAUGCAGAGACUGUGCCUUUGAGGCCUGUACAAUAUGGGACAUCACUAGUCACUAUCAGGUAGUGCACCCAUGGGCCAUUAAAGGGGAUGAAUCUGUGCUUUUGGAUAUUAUCAAAGGAAAUGGCCCACCUGAAAAUAUACACCAGGCGGUUGCCAAAGAACAUGUGUCUUUCAAUUGCCAAUCUGUUGAAGAUGAUGGAGGACAGGUCAUGGUCACCACACCUCAAGAAAGCAAUCCCCAUCCUACCCACCCACGUCUUUCCAUCUCAAACAAUCCCUAUCAGUGCACUGUAUGUCUGUCAGAGUACAACAGUCUCCAUGGCCUCCUCACCCAUUAUGGAAAGAAGCACCCGGGUAUGAAAGUAAAAGCUGCAGAUUUUGCACAGGAGGCAGACAUCAACCCCAGUUCUGUGUAUAAAUGUCGUCACUGUCCGUAUGUAAACUCCCGAAUCCACGGUGUCCUAACUCACUAUCAGAAGAGACACCCAUUGGUGAAAGUCACUGCAGAAGACUUUGCAGAUGACAUCGAGCAAAUCCCUGACCCAAAUGAAGGAGAUGACAAGUGCAAAACUCAAAGGCAAGGCUACGGCGCAUACAGAUGCAAAAUCUGCCCCUACACGCAUGGGACACUGGAGAAACUCAAAAUCCAUUACGAGAAAUAUCACAAUCAGUCGGCCUCUGAAAUGUUCGCUCCCUCUCUGACAUAUUUCUCCACCGGUAAAGAAUCAGAGCCAGUAGCUGAAUGCAGUGCUGGUAAUAUAUCAAGCGCAGCAAAAGUCCAGGAGGUCAGUGAAUUGGACCUUGCCCUCUCCCAGUUACCUAUCAAUAAGACUGAGAAACAUGCUAUAUUCAAUUGUCAGCUCUGCAAAUACUUCUGCUCCACCAGGAAAGGCAUCGCUCGUCACUACCGUAUCAAGCACAACAACGUCCGUGCUCAGCCAGAGGGUAAAAACAAUGUCUUCAAAUGUGCUCUGUGUGCAUACACAAACCCUAUACGCAAAGGUCUGGCAGCGCACUACCAGAAGCGGCAUGAUAUUGAUGCCUAUUACACCCAUUGUCUGGCUGCUUCCAAGACUAUGACCGAAACGCCUGCCAAAGUGAUAGCACCCCCGCCGCCAGAAGGGGAAAAUUCAGAAAUGAGCGAAGACUUGCGUUUGGCUGUGGAGAGACGAAGGUGUUCUCUUUGCGCCUUCCAGGCCUUCAGCAGGAAGAGCAUUGUGUCACACUACAUCAAACGCCACCCAGGUGUCUUCCCCAAGAAGCAGCACGGUAGCAAGCUUGGUCGCUACUUUACCGUCGUCUAUGCCAAAGAACCUGAAAAGAUUGCUGUCAGUACAAUGGCAGAGGAUGACAAGGAAGUGUUGGAGGUUCAGCUUGAACCCGAGCCGGACAGAGAGGUCGAAUGGCUGCCAUUUAAGUGUCUAAAAUGCUUCCAGUUGUCCUUCAGCACAGGCGAGCUGCUCUCUAUGCACUACAACGAUCACCACAGCAAUGACUUGAAGAGAGACUUCGUGGUAGCGCCCGGACCUGAGGAGGAGGACUCCGAGUUGUACAAGUGUACUCACUGUGAGCUGAAGUUCCAGGCUCUCCCAAUUCUGGCGAAACAUCUGUUGAACCACAAUGAGGAGUUUCAGAAGAGGGCCAUGAGGCAGGAGAGGAGGAGGCAGCUGCUCAGCAAACAGAAAGCCGCAGAACUUCCAGAGACCAAACCUGAGAAGGAAAACCCUGUAAAUAACGCUCCCAUAGGAUUCAGGUGUAACUUCUGCAUAGAGAUGCACCCCACCCUGCGUGCCAUCUGCAACCACCUGAGGAAGCACGUCCAGUACGGAGAGGUCAAAGAGGGACAUGUCAAGCAGGAAGUCAGCGAAGUCCCCCUGACCCUGCCUUCAGAGACCCUGACUAAUGGCGACCUCGAGGGGGAUGAAGCAGCUGAAACCGACGGCCUCGAGAGACCCGCGGAGACAAUGAUGGGUCCACCCAUGGUCUCCACAGCUUCAGCUGGUGGUGCUGUUGCCGCAGAGACACUGGAACCAGAAACUACUGUUAUUGAAGGAAGGGGAGCGGCCCUUGUGGCUGCAGUGAGGGCCGUGGUGUCAGAGGGCGAACUGAAGCAGCGAUUAGCAGCGGGGGGUCACCCGUGUGUCCAGUGCGACAGAGUCUUCAUGUCCAUGCAGGGACUGAGGUCCCAUGAGAGGAGCCACUCAGCCAUGGCGCUGUUCAGCCGAGAAGACAAAUACAGCUGCCAGUACUGCCAGUUCGUCUCACCCUUCAGACACAAUCUGGACAGACAUGUGCAGUCUCACCACGGGCACCACAAGCCCUUCAAGUGCAAACUCUGCCCCUUUAAAUCUGCCUACGUGAGUCGCUUGAAGAGCCACCUGCAUAAGGCACACACAGGUGAGCAGUACACAUACAAGUGCUUGUCUUGCCCCUUCUCCUCUAUGACCAUCAGCCAGCUGAAGGAGCACUCUCUGAGAGACCACGGAGAGGCCCUGACCCUCCCCAAACUCCGGGCUGCUACCCAGGCUGCUCAUGGCGCCCUCAGGCCCUCGCGGCUGGCCAGUAACGCAGAGCUGAAUCCCUUGGCCCUGGAUGAUCCAUCGUACCUGGAGCCAGCUGAUGUUCGUCAGCAGCUUAGUCAUUACCAGCUGGCAUCCCGCAGUCAGAUGUCUUCUGGCUCAACAGUGGCUGACAAUCGACCAGACAGCGUCCUGACUUGUGAGUUUUGUGAGUUCAGCUCUGGAUACAUGCAGAGCCUGCGUCGGCACUACAGGGACCGCCACGGUGGCAAGAAGCUCUUCAAGUGCAAAGACUGUUCCUUUUUCACCUGCUACAAGAAUACCUUCACCAUGCAUGUGGAGGCCGGUCACAACAACAAUGCACCUGACAACCUCCCUAAAGACCUGCGCUGCCCUCUCUGCCUCUACCACACCAAACACAAGAGCAAUAUGAUUGAUCACAUUGUCCUGCACCGAGAGGAGCGUGUGGCUCCACUGGAGGUCAGUCGCUCCAAGCUGUCGCGCCACCUGCAGGGCCUCGUGUUCCGUUGCCACAAAUGCACCUUCACGUGCUCCAGUGACCAGAACCUGCAGCUGCACCUGCAGAAGCACGCCGAGAUCAAACCCUACCAGUGCCAGCUCUGUUAUUACGACAGCAGUCAACGGAGCCAGCUAGAGGAGCAUCUACGCCUUGAGCACAAGGUCAUCCGGAACUUCGAGCUGAUGGGCCGCGUCAACCUGGACCAGCUGGAGAUGGUAAAAGAACAAGGGAGCAGCGCAGAGGAGGAAGAAGAAGAAAGAGAAAUAAUGGAGAUGGUUGGAGAUGGAAAAAUAGCUGCACAGGAGGAGGACGAUGACGACGACGACGACGAAAGAAUGGAGAUUAUGCAGAACAUAGUGGAGGAUCAGAGAGAGAUAGAUGAUGAAGAAAUAGAGGACCACUUCAAAGAGGAAGAGGAGGAGGAGGAGGAAGAAGAAGAUGAUGAGGAAGUCAGGGGGCUGGAGGAGGAGAAGCCCGGCCUACAAGAGGUCCUUGCAUCUCCCAGCAGCAGCUGCAGCAGCAGCAGCAGCUCUGCGCCCAGCAGCGCAGAGAAGCGGCUUCCCUGUGAGUUCUGUGGCCGCUGCUUCACCGACAGCCUCGAGUGGGAGCGUCACGUCCUUCGGCACGGCAUGGUGGUUAAUAACAAUAACAUGGACACCAGCACCACCUCCGCAUUAGAGGCCUCAGCUUCAUCUUCCACUGGCUCCUCUGUCUUGAUGGACACGGGAUUGGACCUGACCAGCAACGGCAACGAGGAAGGGAACCCCGCUGAUCUCUCGCUGGGAAGUCCGAGCCAGUAUGUGGAAGGCAAAACAAUGCUCGACACCAAAAAGGAUCAACAGUUUGGUUGAACUGAUUGUGGCCUGUUGGGAUAAUAUGCUAGAGACUGAUCACCAUGGGUAGGAUCAGCACUGAGUUGAAUCGUAAAAAAAAAGGAAACAAAAAGAUUGAAACUGAAAAAAAAGUGACUUCUUAUGAGUUGGCGCAUUACUAGAUUUUAGGUGUUACAUAUUUAAGUAUUAGAUUGUGCUGCAUAAAACGGCUGAGCUCUUUAAAUGGGCAGUCCCCUAGGACAGAUCUUAAUAUAUUGGUAACCAAUAGUGAACAGAACUCUUUAUUGCUGACAUUCUGGUCAAAUCUACAGUGACAGAUCCCACCUUGAUGAAACUGAGCUAUUUAUAGAGAAUGAUGUCCAAAAUGAUUAACUAAAUUUUGAAUUUUUUAUUUGAAGCACCUUUUACGCUGCCCCAAAACAGGGGCGCUGUAAAUGUACCCAAAUGGAACAAACGCGAUAUGAAAGCAUUUAAAACCGUGGCCCACUGUAGAGCUACCGUUUCUUGUUUCUUGUCGAAAUUUGAGACUUUUUUUCAUCUUAGCCUUGUGUUAAGUGUGUAGAAGUAUUCCUCGAGAAAGAAUCGCACCUUAUCUAUUUUAGUAAAAAAAAAAAAAAAAACACAAAUCCUGUUUUCUUCAUUCGUAGAAAUACUGACAAUUUUCCCCAAUGUUUGUAGCAAAUUGCUAUAUUUUAGGUCCCUUAAUAUUAUACUACGUAUAAGCCUUCAGCCUGUGGCACCCUUCGCAUUUUGACUGUACCGUUUCAUUGUCCAGUAAUUUCACGUGAUGGAAUAAUGGGAUUAGUUAAAAUCUCCCUUCCCCUGUACGAUAUGUUGUUUGUAGUCCAGGUUGAACAACAUCAACCUGUGCACUCAGAAGAUCAAUAGAACAGCAGAGAUAUGUUUAAUGUGUCAUGACUGCAUCCCCAUGAUAUAGGUAUCCGUUAAACUGAGCAUCGCAAGAGUUAGCCUGGAACAUAACUCUGUGGAUAUAACAGUGGCGUAAUAUGUGUCAUCAUUAUCAAUAGACAGAGAUCACACUUGUCUUUUCAGUGAAAAAAAUUCAAAUGUGAUGUGCCAGGAUCCAGGUCUGUAUGGGCAUCAAAAUGACAAUUAAAUGCAAAGUUUUGACGAGGCUGACCACCACGGCUGAGUGUUGAAGUGCCUUACGAAUCCAGUUCCUCUAAUGGCCACUUAAUGGCCUUAAUUGAUUUUUUAAAAAAAAGUGAGGUAGUUUGAAGUACCGAGGCAAUCACCCCCAAUCUCUCUGUGAGUUCUUUUCCACAAGAAUUUAUGGCCCCAACAGCUAAUUUCACUUCUAUUAAUGUGUGCCUCAGUGGCAAGUCUGACAGUCAUUGUUAAAAUAAAAUCAGAUUAGAAUAAAUUAGAUUUUAUUUUAUUGUAAUUGCACAGAGUAUCAGUACAAUGAAAUGUGUUGUAGCAUGGAACCAGGUAGUGCAAAAACAGCAGCAAAGACAAUGUUGAGGCCUGAAGUGUUGGUUUGACCUGAUUACAAAACAAAUAUAUAUAUAUAUAUAUAUAUAUAUAUAUAUAUAUAUUCUCAUCAACCCCAGGUGGUAAUUAGCUAUGCAGAUAGCUUUGCUUUUUUUAAACAAAGUCUUGAGAUAUCCGUCUCUGAGAUUUUUUUUCCGAUUCAAGGGAAAUAGGUGAAAUUGAAUUUGUUUUACUCACAGCAUUUAAGAACAAUUGAGUAAAUUUUGUUGGAACUACUUUCUACCAAACAAAAAGUCCCUAUGAAAACUGUUGAUAGUGUGAUCUGAGUGUUGUACUAUAUUAUCCGGAGUGAAAGGGGAAGCUGUUUAUGGAAAAGUGUGCUUAGUGUGUGUUGUUUUUCAAUGUUGUGAGCACCACAAAUGAAAUUCCAUGCUAAACCGGCUAUGUUUGGAGCCAUGUUUGCUUGAUUGACAGACGUCUCUGUCUUUCACAGUCAGCCCUGGUGAUUACCUCAACUCCAUCCAGGCCCCCUUCCAUAUCACCCAAAUUCAGAUUUUUAGGCUACAGAUGACUGACAGGCUGGCAUUAAGCAUAAGACUCAAAUCCUGGCUUUAAGACAUCCCUUCAGAAACGUAUGGCUGAUGCCACAGACACCACAGAUAUGCUUUUCUACAGUCUGUGGUCCAGUUUUGUAGUAAUGGGAUGCACUGAAAAGACAAGUGUAACCAGCACAGAAAACCUUAAAAUCAUUGGUUUCCACAUAAAUCGAGUUUAUUUGCCACUGGUACUCUAUUUUGACUUUUUAAAAAGGUGUAAAAUCCCCCAACUUAAACUCCUUUAAAUUCUGUAUUGGCACAACUGUCACAGCCUGGAUAUGUGUGCUUCUUUUUAGAUAAAGUUGUCAUGUUAUUGUUGAUACUGACAAAAGGCAGAGAUUGUAUUUGUUGAACGUUGCUGCUUGAAUACCCUAAAGCCUUAUAAGAUAAUAAAUAACAAUUAAGUCAAAUGUAAGCCCAAUUCCAAUAAGACCAAUAAGCAACAUGAAACAAUCUGAAAUGAUAUGGCUGAUAACUUCAAUAUAACAUUUUUAAAAGGGCACGAUUAAUGUAAUUGUGUUCUUGGUACCAAAAUAUUUACCAAGUCUGCUGUGUUUGCUGCUGUGUCUAUCCUGAGCAUUGAACCAGUGAUGGAAACGGGAAAUUUGGGUUUGUAACCCAGGCGAACCACGUUUGCAGCCAUGUAUAGAAAACAAAACUACUUGUUAAGUGUUUGAACCGUGGUGUUUCAGAAAGGAUGCUUUAACCCUUUUUCCUUUAGGUGUUUUCAUUUUUUUUUUUUUAAAGAAGAAAAAAAAGAAAUCUAAAGGCGAUAUCUAACCCUUAGGGGCUUUUUGAAUCCCCAAUCCAACAUUAUUACGCUGUUGUACAAUGUCUGGUUACAAUGAAAAAUAUCUCCUUUUCUGUACUGUAAUGGGAAUGAGCAGAUAGGAAGAGCAGUGUGGUUGUACAAUAUUUAAACACAUGAAGGAAAAGUAUGCAGUUCUCUUAUUAUCUAAUGGCUUGGGCUUUUAUUGUGAAGGAGAAAAACAUGGCAAGGUAAAAGACAAGAAAAAAAAUUGCUCCGUUAGGGGCGUUUACCUAAACUGCUUGGUCCUUUUCUGGGAUUGGCCGGUCGACCUAUUGAUCCCUCUGAGAUCUAGCUGACUCAUGUCCAGUCCAACAUCUGACACUCCAGUAUCUUCUAUCCAUGACCAGUAAGGACAUCAGCUAACUUGCUCCAAAUAGUCCUGCCCUUACAUGUAGUCUACCCAGACAUCAAGAGGUGGGAAUGUAGCAGCCCCACUAUGCUCCUCAGUCCUUGUAAUACCUUUAAAAAAAAAAACUAAAAAAAAACUGUUGAGUUGGUGCUGAACCUCAAAGCCCUUUUUUUCUGUUUUUCAGGACCAGCGUGUAGCUUUUUUGAAAGUAAAACUGUUUGAAACCUGUUGUUGUAGAAAUAAGCUUUGUUCAGGCAGCUUGUUGCCCAGCUUGAAAGCCCAGUGUAAACCAGAUGAUAAAUUGGGACAAUCUGGGUAAUGAAGCUGUCAACCCAAAAUUGUUUGUUGUUCUGUGAUCAUUUUAAUAGAAAAUGACGAUGGAUCCCACACUGUGUGCAGUCUCUAGACUGUAAUAUUCCCAGUUUACCCAAAGUUUAGCCCCUGCUGACAACACACUGGAUACUUGUAUAUAUGUUUAGUUUGUUUCCGAUGAACUUCUCUUUUCAGACUGUUGUCUCCAUAGUUUGACACUAGACUCUCUCCUUCUUGCCUUUCUUCCCAUUUAAAUCUGAUUACCUGAUGGUGGGUUGUGAUGUUGCCUAGAAUGAUUGUUUACAAUUUUAUUCCAUUUAUCUCUGGAUAUUCUGUAAAUAUUGUAAUUCAUUGUCUUUUUUUAACUUGAUAAUAAAGUUAUCAGAUAACGGUU